UUAUCUCCACGUUUAGUAUUCUUGCAAGCAUGCAUGUGCAUUGAACAGCUGUAGCUAUUUGUACCAAAUUUUAUAUUCUAAAUUUUGUUGCCAUAUUUUUUAUUUGAUCAAGAUGUUUGUGGUCAAACGAGAUGGACACCGAGAAUCGGUGAUGUUCGAUAAGAUUACAUCACGUGUACGAAAACUUUGCUACGGAUUGAACAUGCAAUUUAUCGAUCCGACCCUUAUUACGAUGAAAGUCAUGUCUGGGCUGUAUUCAGGUGUUACAACCAAAGAAUUGGAUGAAUUGGCAGCUGAAAUCGCAGCUACAUUGACCACCGAACAUAUUGAUUACGCCAUUCUUGCUGCCCGAAUUUCCAUUUCGAAUUUACACAAAGAAACUAAGAAAAACUUUUCCGAUGUCAUUCAUGAUUUAUAUACGAUGAGCAAUGAGCAUACUGGUCUGCCAACUCCAAUCAUAGCGAAAGAAAUUUAUGAUAUCAUAAUGGCCAAUUCAGAACGUAUUAAUUCGGCCAUAAUCUAUGAUCGUGAUUUUAAUUACAAUUAUUUCGGUUUCAAAACAUUAUAUCGAAGUUAUUUGCUCAAAAUUGGCGGUAAAGUUGUAGAAAGACCUCAGCAUAUGUUGAUGCGUUGUGCUAUUGGUAUUCAUCGUGAUGAUAUUGAUGCUGCCAUUGAAACAUAUAAUUUGAUAUCGGAAAAUUGGUUUACACAUGCAUCACCUACGUUGUUCAAUGCCGGAACAAAACGGCCGCAAUUAUCAUCAUGUUUUCUGCUCACUAUGAGUGAUGAUAGCAUUGAAGGUAUAUAUGAUACGCUUAAACAAUGUGCCAUCAUCUCAAAAUCAGCUGGUGGCAUUGGUCUUAAUAUUCAUUGUAUCCGAUCUUCUGGUAGUUAUAUUGCCGGUACAAAUGGAAUCUCUAAUGGCUUGAUUCCUAUGCUACGCGUAUACAAUAAUACUGCUCGAUAUGUUGAUCAAGGUGGUAACAAACGUCCUGGAGCAUUUGCCAUCUAUCUGGAACCAUGGCAUUCUGAUAUCUUUGAUUUUCUAAGUCUUCGCAAAAAUACCGGUUCGGAGGAACUACGUGCACGUGAUUUAUUUUAUGCUCUAUGGAUUCCUGAUUUAUUCAUGAAACGCGUAGAUCAAGAUGGAAUGUGGUCAUUGAUGUGUCCGCAUGAAUGUCCCGGGUUAUUUGAUUGUUGGGGUGAAGAAUUUGAAAAACUUUAUGAAGGUUAUGAAAAUGAAAAACGAUAUCGAUCACAAUGUCGUGCUCGUGUUCUUUGGUUUGCUAUUCUUGAAUCACAAAUCGAAACUGGAACACCAUACAUGGUUUACAAAGAUCAUUGUAAUCGAAAAUCAAAUCAACAAAAUCUCGGUACAAUCAAAUGUUCGAAUCUUUGUACCGAAAUUGUGGAAUAUUCAUCUAAAGAUGAAGUAGCCGUCUGUAAUCUAGCUUCAAUCGCAUUGAAUAAAUUUGUUGAUCCAAAAAAACGAAUCUUUGAUUUUGAAAAAUUGAAAUCCAUUGUCAAGGUUGUAACUCGUAAUCUGGACAAAGUUAUCGACGUGACUUACUAUCCUGUACCAGAAGCUCAACGUUCGAAUCUUCGUCAUCGACCAAUGGGAAUCGGUGUUCAAGGAUUAGCAGAUGCGUUUAUUUUGAUGCGUUAUCCAUUCGAUAGUGAAGAAGCUCGAUUGCUCAAUAUUCAGAUUUUUGAAACAAUUUAUUAUGGAUCAUUAGAAACGAGUUGUGAAUUAGCCCAAGAAAAAGGUCAAUAUGAAACUUAUGAAGGAUCACCAGUAUCUAAAGGCAUUCUACAGUUUGAUAUGUGGAAUCGAAAACCAACAGAUCUUUGGGAUUGGAAUGAUUUGAAAUCUCGAAUCGCUAAAUAUGGAAUACGAAAUAGUUUGCUUGUGGCUCCAAUGCCAACAGCUUCGACUGCACAAAUUCUUGGCAACAAUGAGUCUAUCGAACCUUAUACAACUAAUAUAUACACAAGACGUGUUCUUUCUGGAGAAUUUCAGGUCGUAAAUCCACAUCUUAUACGUGAUCUAACUGAAUUAGGUCUUUGGAACAAUUUGCUUAAAAUGAAAAUAAUAUCAUCCAAAGGUUCGAUUCAAAAUAUUGACAUUAUUCCGGAAGAUAUUCGAAACUUGUACAAAACUGUUUGGGAAAUACCACAGAAAACGAUUGUCCAGAUGGCUGUUGAUCGUGGUGCCUUUAUCGAUCAAAGUCAAUCAUUAAACAUUCAUUUUGCUGAAACCAGUAUCACAAAAUUGACAUCAAUGCAUUUUUUUGGUUGGCGUUCAGGAUUGAAAACCGGAAUGUAUUAUCUACGUACAAAACCAGCUGCGCAAGCUAUACAAUUUACGGUUGAUAAAUCCAGAAUACGUAUGAAAGGAUCGAAUGAUGUAAUCGAUAAAGGUGAAAAAUUGAAUGAUUUUACAAUAAUUAAAACACGUGAAGAAAGACAAUUAGCAAUGGCCAAACUUGAAUGUUCAUUAGCCAAUAAAGAUGAAUGUUUAUUGUGUAGUUCAUGAAUAAAUGUUUUCAUUUAUCUCCAUACUGUCCAUGAAAUUAU